UCUGUUUUCUCCUACUGUAUCAUCACUUUCCAAAUCCAGUGUUUCGGAGACAGAAUCCACCCCUGUGUGCGUCUACAUGAGAGACGAGGUGAAUGGGGAAGAAGCGCUGAAGAAGACCACUCUGAGGUCUCUGGGUCUGACGGGAGGAAAUGCCAUUGUCAGGUUUUUACUCAAGAAGAACAAAGCAGAGGGAGAUACUGGGGAAGCCACUGAAGCGGCUGCUAUGCCAACCAUGCUUGUUGCCAAGAAAACCACACCUAGCCCAUCAUCUCUUCCAGACCCUGCUCCGUCACCUCCAGAGAUGUCCAAAACAGAGAUGCCAAUUAAACAUGUAACCCCCCAACAGCCAGUUGUUGCUCCAACUCCCGCCUCUGCCCCAAGCAGGUCACUUCCUGUUCAGAAGGAGGAAAUUCCAAUCUCCCAGGAUGCAGUUCGGCCAAAGGUCCCUCCUGUGGAGAGAGUAACGCCAGAGGAGGACGGCGAGGAAGCGGGGCCUUCAGGACUGAACUCUCACCCAUUUUCUUCUUCUUCCUCCUCCUCGUUUGCUGCUCCCUUGGCUCCUUUCAUUCCCUUCACUGGAGGCGGGCAGCGCCUCGGGGGUCCUCAGGGGGGCGCAGUGGGACGCCCGUUAUCUUCAUCAUCAUCAUCCUCAGCUCUGACUGUAGCCGUUGAUUCACCUAAAGCCAAGAAACUAAAAAGCAGCCACGGUUCGAGCAUCAAGGGUCAAUCCACUGCGAAUCAGCCAGACGAGGACAUGGAUCUAGGGGAGUUCUCGGCGGUGAACAUCAGUGUUAUCAUGUCUUCAUCCUUUCACUCGCUCCCUCCCUUUCUGCAGCCCGCAGAGAGGGAGCUCCUCAUCUACCACCUGGACGCCGUGUCCCGUCACUCCGACCACAGGGAUCUGCCCGACGAGUUCUUCGAGGUGACGAUGGAUGAUGUGCGCAAGCGCUUCGCCCAGCUGAAGAGCCAGAGGAGACACCUGGAGGAGGCUCCGCUGAUGACUAAAGCUCUGAGAGAAUCACAGAUGAGAGAGAAGAUGGAACGAUAUCCCAAAGUGGUCCUGAGGGUCCAGUUUCCAGACAGACAUGUUCUACAAGGUUUCUUCAGGCCACUGGAAACAGUUGGUGCUGUGAGGCAGUUUGUGAGCAGUCACCUGGAGGAUCCUGAGCUCAGCUUCUACCUGUUCAUAACCCCCCCAAAAACCAUCCUGGACGACCCCUCAGCGACUCUGUUUCAGGUAAGAUGCCUCAAACACACAGUUUGUCUUUACGCAACACUUUCUUUAAACCAAAGCAAUAAACAGUGCAAUUAG